UGGAUGGACUUUCUUUAAUUAGAGCUGACCAAAGGAAAAACCAUAUAGUGAUUUUUAAAUUUACAAAACACUUGGGUUAAUCCCAGAGGACAUGAAAUUAAUUGUGUUUAAUAUGAUUCCUACCACACUGACAGGAGUUUACAAGCUAGAACAAAAUAUUGCAAAAGUUCAAGUUUCAGGCCGUUUUGUGUCUAAAAACAUCAUAAUUUAUCCAGCUAAAUAUCGCAGCAAAAAGAGAUUGACAGACUUAGUCAGUUAUUUUUACCCAUUAUGAGAGGGAACAGUCAGAAUUCGUUUUAGUAAACCUGGUGAGGUAGUCCCAAUGAAAUUGUUUAAGCAGGUUGCAGUCCGCCUGAGCUCCAAUGCCUCAUUCGCUUUCGAGCUUUGUGGAUGAAAGCUCGCUGAAAAACAUCUAGUGCUUCUUCUCAGAGAGUGAAUUAGAUGAUUCGAAAUUGAGUUUAAAAAUUGAAUUUUUGAUGAAAUUAUCAACAGAUAUCCAGUCAAGGGCUCUCUUGAGUUAAGAAAAUUAGUAUUCUGGCAUUGAGAGGAUAAUCUUCAGGCUGGAGAAUGGAGCCAGAAGAUUAUUCCAAGCAUUUUUGAGCUUCUUUUUGAGCCAAUUAUUUAUCCCUCCCUUGAAGAAGUUGUGGUUGAUCAUAAUAAAGAGGCAUUGGAGUUUGCUGAGGAAUAUAAGGAGGAGUACGGUCUGGAAAAUAUCGUUUUUAAGACAAAAAAGUAUGAAUUUGGUGAUGAAUUCUGGUGUGAUGUUGGAGAUCGUUUUUAA